AUGCGGUCGGAGCGCCGGGUUUGGCUCGAGCGGGUCGGGCUCCUGCGGGAGGUCCGGCGGCUGCUGGAGAGCCGUCGCGGGAUCCUCAGCGAGCAGCAGGCGAUGCUCCAGGGCCGCAAGGAGCGGCUGCUGAGCAAGCGCGUGAAUAUGGCAAAGUGUUUGCUCCAGGAGGAGGCCCUGCGAAGGCGCGCGGCGCGCGAGCUCCCGCAGAUCCACUCCCACCUCCACGAGGCGUUGAAGCGAUGGGGGGAGUUGACCCAACAGGAGGGGGCGCCUGCUGGCUCGGCAGCCCCGCCGCUCUGCGUGGACGACGUCGACGUGGGGCUGCUCUUGCAGUUGGACGCGGCAAACAAGGCGGGGGGUGGGACGGCCGUCUCCGCGCGUUCGCCCGGCAGGACCUUGCGAAGCCCCACCCCUUUCGCCGGCGCCUUGAGUCGAGCCGGGUCGAUUUCACCGCCGCCAUCCUGCCCACCGCUCGGGUUCACCACCACCACCACCAAACGCAAUAUUAGUAAUCCCAGCAGUGCUGUUGACAGGAGGAACCCCAGAAGUACGCCGUUUCGAGUAGUACGGCGAGCCACCUCCGCGACGCCUUCGGUCCAGGGGGUGGUGGCGCCGCGCAUUCGUCCAAAAAAGGUCGUGGAAGGAAGGGCAGCGGCUUCCAAUCCUUCCCUCCACACGACAUCCCAGCGGAGCCUAAGCCCGCCACCUCGUCCGGCGCUUCGGCAUGGUCUUUCACCGGUCCAAAUUAACAAUUACGCGCGAACAGGCAAAACGGCGGUUGGAAAGGCAACGAGAGAGCCCUUCCAUAGCAUUCGCAACCCUCGAACCCGUACCGCUCACGUGAGCGGUAGAAAUAUCACCACACCACACCACGCGAAUCCGGAAAAAUAG